AUUCCCUGAAAAGCACUAACCCAAGAAGGGAAAAAACAGAGGAGAAGGGAAGCUCAGAGCCCACUUUCAGACUUCACUGAGCACAACUGACUCCUCCCCUCUUAGCCACAUACCUACUGUAUCACCACAUCCAGGGACCUUGGUGUGCAAAACAGCUGAAAGCUACCAUCAGGAUGAGAGCAAGGCAGCUGGUGUGUGGAAUCUGGAGUCUGUGUUUCAUGUUCUGCCUUUUCUGCAUCUUUCUUCACCAAACAACAGCUAAAAGAAAACUGAAGUUUGUGUCCGUAGUAUUUCGCCAUGGUGAUCAUACCCCACAGGAGUUUUUUCCAACUGAUAAGCACAAAGCUGGAAGGCAGCAGGGAUAUGGACAGCUUACCAAGCUUGGCAUACAGCAACAGUACGAGCUUGGCCAGUACAUGCGGAGGAGAUACUCUUAUUUCCUGAGUGUUGUAUACAAGCAGUGUGAGAUUUAUGUUCAAAGCACUGAUUGUGAUCACACACUUACGAGUGCUCAGGCAAGUCUUGCCGGGCUGUACCCACCAACACAGGACCAGAUUUGGAACCCUGGAAUCCUUUGGCAGCCGAUUCCAGUUCACACAGUGCCACUGUCACAUGAUAGGUUGCUAUACUUACCUUUCUCACACUGUCCAAAAUACAACGAGCUGCUGAGAGAAACCUUUGCAACAAGGGAUUUCCAAAGGCAACUCAAGCAGUACAGGCCAUUUCUGAAGUUUUUAGCCACUCAUACAGGAUAUCCAUUGAAGAAGUUGAACAGUGAAAGAAUUUGGAAGCUCUCUGACACUUUACAACAUGAGGAUAUUAACAAUUACACUUUACCUGUUUGGGCUACUCAUGGUGUCAGGACCAAGCUGAUAAAGCUCUCAGAAUUGUUGUUGCAGGCGGAAUUUGGGUUCCACAAACAAAUACAGAAAUCACGUUUGCAGGGAGGUAUUCUUUUAAAAACUAUUCUAAAGCAUAUCUCAGAUGCUAGAAAGCCUUCACACCAGCAAAAAAUGGUUAUGUAUUCUGCGCACGCAGUCACCAUUGCUGCCUUACAGAUGGCACUCAAUGUCUUCAAUGGGAAACUGCCUCCUUACAGUGCCUGUCAUUUUUUUGAACUUUAUCAGGAAAAAAACGGGCAAUACACCAUAGAAAUGUACUAUCGGAAUAAUUCUCUGAGAGAUCCUCACCCCCUCACUCUCCCCGGCUGCAAAUUUCGCUGUCCACUGGAGAGAUUCAUUCAGUUGGUCUCCCCAGUCCUAGUACACUAUUGGACAAGAGAAUGUAGGAUGUAGGACAUAAAAAGAGGUGUUCCCUCCAUGAUCUUCAGUGUGAUUAGCUUCAUGAAACAUCUCCUCCCACACCAUGACGUGACAACAGUCUAACAUUUCUCAUUAACUUCCAUCGCACGCCCAACAGUCUCCUGAUCUCUAUCAAAAGAAAACAUGCCAAAAUUGUAAAAAGUGGUGACUUAUCCUUCAUGAACAUUCACUUCAUUUUAUCAAGUGGUAAAACCCAAAUGCAGUACAAAACCAGAGUAUUAUUUCAAGAUCUCUUUAUUCCAAAAGGACUUUGGCAGAACUAAUUCAAGAAUGUAAUUGUAGUUAUAGUGUUAUGAAGGACUAUAGCCUCAAAUAUCAGUAAAAUUGGAAAAUACCUCUAAAGGAGUCUUUUGAAGAAUGAGACAAGAACUUCCAGAACUGGUGAGGGAAGCAGUGCUUCAAAAGAAGCUCCCAAAAGGAAGAGUCAUAGCAGUGUACUUGUGCUUUAUUUUAUUCAGGUAGCAAUGAAGUAUUUUACACAAACACAUCUCAGAAGCUACAAAAAUUAGGAUAACGGCUGUUUACUUAGCUAAGAGAUGUCUGUGUUUCUCUUUUCUCUGUCUUAUACAUGCACAAAUAUCCCACCUCCAAACAGAAGGAAGGUGAGACUUCCAGAAAGAAUGGACCAUGGAUCUAGACCUAAGAGAAGUCUAUAAACAGCCAGGAUGGCUACCAUAAAGACCUGGCAGGCAACUGUCUAAUCUGACAAGGCUUUCCAAUACUGAGCCAUUCUAUCUCUUUCCAAAAAGACAGCAAGGCCUAGUGUUAAUUUUGAAAGUAAAAACCAUUUGUGGUUUCAAAUAGCUUUUCAAACACCCUUCUUUUGUUAUGUUACCCUGAUUGUAUACCCUGAUCUGAUCAUAUAAAGUCUGUUCUUCAGGAAAGUCUGUCAGUCCAUGCUGUUCUUGAUGUGAACAAGAAAAAAGCUGGAUCAGAACAAUCAGAUGUAACUAACUUCUGAAAAUAGUGGAGACUUCUUUGCUUGCAGAACCAGGCUUUCUUAUUUUUUCUUUUCUCACAGUGGAUAGGGCUUUUUUCAACAAUCUGGUUGCUCUCAGGUCAUUUCAAAGAGAACCAGAGUAACAGAUGGCAUGCAGAAAAUUUUGACAUUCUAGCUUCUUUUCCUUGGGCCAGGCUUCUAAAAGGGAUGCCAAGCCUAUGAAAUGUGUAUCCCUUUUUAGAACUGCUACCCCAUAAGCUACAAAAGAAUCAAAAGAAUCAAAAGAUCCCUUUCCCCAUUAGCAAGAACUCAAGUUUCAGAAUUCUUGCUGUAAAACCCUUCUGUUCUCAGCAGGGCCCAGCAACAAAUCCUGUGCUUCCUAAGCCAGCAUAGGAAACACAGUUCAUCCAGAAGAGCUGUAGCCAGAUUUCACAGCAAAGAAAUUCUAACACAUAGAUAAAAAUGAAUUAUUCCCUCUAGUGAAAAAAUGCAACCACUUUUACCAUAGCAUGCAAACAAGGGUAAAAAUAUUUUCUAACAGCAUGAGACAGUCAGUUGUAGCUGCUUCUUAAGACACACAAAAACAAGCUUGUUUUUUCCAUGUUACCUUAACACCCAUAAGGGACACCAGCAGAAAGCCUUCCUAGCUCUGGUAGCCCUCAUACGAUAGUUAGUGCAAGCUAUUUAAACGCUUCAUCUCAAACUCAUGCAGCUGAUUAUCACUCCUCCCGUAACAAGAAGUAAUUCAAAUAAAAAUUGAUAAAAGCAAGCAAACAGAGAGGAAAGUUUAAGAUUUCAUCUUUAUGGCUAUUAGCCUUCCAAUAAGAUUGUAGACUUGGCUGCCAGAAACAAAUUUCUAGGCAGCUUCUCUUCUAUUCUGAACAUGUUCCUAUUUCUACAUGAAGAUCUUUCUUCUGUCCCAUAGAUUUAUCUGUUAUGGGUGAUCAUGGAGCUGGACCACUGCAGUUCAGCUAUGGAAGCGCACCCUAGCUAAGGCCACAGCUCAUAGAACAUGAAUAGAAGGUAUUUUUUCAUCAUUUUUACAUCACAUCACCAGACCACAUGUCCCAGCGAACGUACCUGGAACAUUCUGAUUUCUGUUGAGCAAAAUUAGAUUUCAAAUUUAAUUUGCAAAUUAAGAAAUUUCACAAUUAUUUUAUUCCCCCAAUGCCUAUUCAACAGACACCCUAUCAAACACAUUCUUUAUAAGGUUUUAUGCUCUUAGGAUUGUCACUGUAGAAACACAGAAAGGAAGACUUCAUUUUUACCUUGCUUACUCAAAGGAAAAAUAAACACCAGUGUUCAUUAAGUCCGAAACAUCAGUCCCAGCUCUUGUAUGAAUAUAAAUUGGGGAUGUCAGUGGAUGAAUAAUAAAAUACUCUAAAUGAUGUUUCCCAAAACUGCA